UUGCAUUCAUAAACGGAUAUUAAGUCGACCUAGUGAAUGUACAGUAAAUCACACAGUUUAGUUGCACCAUGGCGGAAGAAGAUGAUCCGGCGCUUCGGACUUUACAGAGCCUCAGGGGGAAAAUUUGUGAAGCAAAGAACUUGCUUCCAUACACCGGACCAAACAAGAUGAGAGGUUGUUUCUGUACAGUAAGCCUGGACCAAGAGGAGGUUUUUCGCACCAAGGUUUUUGAAAAAAGUUUAAGCCCCUUCUAUGGAGAAGACUUCUACUUUGAGAUCCCAAGAACUUUUCAGUAUUUAUCCUUUUACGUGUAUGCUAAGGGAUUUAUGCAAAGGGAUUUGCCAGUAGGCAAAGUUGCAAUUAGAAAGGAAGAUCUCAGUAAAUACAGCGGGAAAGAACACUGGUUUAGUUUGCAAUCUGUGGAUCCGAACUCUGAAGUACAGGGCAAAGUUCACAUUGAGAUGAAACUCAACGAACUUAUUACGGAUAAUGGAUCUGUGUGUCAGCAGCUUGUAGUGCGAAUAAUUGAGUGCCAAGGCUUGCCACUGAUAAAUGGCCAAAGCUGUGACCCGUACGCAACUGUGUCUCUUGUUGGACCUUCUAGGUCGGAUCAGAAGAAAACCAAGGUGAAAAAGAAAACAAGUAGCCCGCAGUUUGAUGAAACGUUUUAUUUUGAGGUGACAAGGUCCAGCAGCUACACAAAAAAGUCACAAUUCCAGGUUGAAGAAGAGGACAUUGAAAAGCUUGAAAUUAAGGUGGACCUGUGGAACAAUGGGAACCUUGCACAGGAUGUUUUUCUGGGAGAGACCAAGGUAUCGGUGAAGGUUUUAAGAAAUGAUUCAUCUCAUCAGGCUUGGUAUUUGUUACAGCCGAAAGACAAUGGCAACAAGACCUCAAAAACCGAUGACUUGGGCUCCCUGCGAGUAAAUCUAACCUACACAGAAGACCAUGUCCUUCCGUCGAACUACUACAUUUCUCUGAGAGAUCUGCUGCUCAAAUCACCAGAUGUUAAGCCUAUCUCUGCCUCCGCUGCUCACAUUUUGUGCGACAUCUGCCGAGAGCGAUACGAGGCGGUGCUGCCUGUUGUACGGCUGCUAUUGCAUUACAAUAAACUGGUUCCUUUUGUAACUGCUAUAGCUGAGCUGGAGCUUGAGCAGACACAAGAGGCCAAUACAAUUUUCAGAGGAAACUCCCUGGCAACUCGUUGCUUGGAUGAUAUGAUGAAGAUUGUUGGGAAACGAUACCUGAUUGUAACUUUGAAGCCUGUUUUAGAUGAGAUCUGUGAAUCUAACAAACCAUGUGAAAUCGAUCCUAUAAAGCUGAAAGAAGGGGACAACGUAGAAGUAAAUAAGGAGAAUCUGCAUCAGUACGUGCAGAAAGUCUUCAAUUCCAUUGUGCAUUCAAGUAUGACCUGCCCUACCCUGAUGUGCGACGUGUUUAAUGCUUUGAGACAAAUGGCAACAAAACGCUUUCCUGAUGACCCCCAUGUGAAGUACUCUGCAGUGAGCAGCUUUGUGUUUCUGCGGUUCUAUGCAGUGGCUGUGUUAUCUCCUCACAGUUUCCAUCUCCGAUCUCAUCAUCCAGAUGCACAGAUGUCUCGAACAUUAACGCUCAUUUCCAAAACUAUUCAAACAUUAGGAAGUUGGGGCAGUUUAUCUAAAAACAAACUGUCAAGUUUUAAGGAGACCUAUAUGUAUGAUUUCUUCAAAUCCUUCCAAGAAGAAAAAUGUAUAGAAGAAGUUAAAAGGUUUUUAGAUGAAAUUUCCUCAACAGGAAGUAAAGAGUCCAGUGGAGUAGAAGAGUCUUUGAUUCUUAAAGAAGGUGAAGUACAUAAAAGAGCUCAGGGAAGGAGACGACUUGGCAAAAAAAACUUUAAGAAGCGCUGGCUCCGUUUGACCAACAGAGAGCUCUCCUAUCACAAGCAACCAGGCAAAGAAGCAUUGUGCAUAAUUCCCAUCAAAAACAUUCUGGCAGUGGAGAGUGUUGACGAGUGUGCAUUUAAUAGAAAAAAUAUGUUCCAGGUAAUUUAUACUGAGAAACUGCUUUACGUUCAAGCAAAUAACUGUGUGGAGGCCAGCGAGUGGGUGGAGAUUCUCAGCCGGGUCAGUCGCUGUAACCAGGGCAGACUGAGUUCUUACCACACCUCAGCCUAUCUCUAUGGAAGCUGGCUGUGCUGCAAGGCCACUUCUGAGUCGCAUGCUGGCUGUAAGCCAUGUACCGCGACCAUGCCGGCAAAUAUCCAGCUUGAUAUUGAUUGUGACCGAGAAACGGAGAGGAUCUAUUCAUUAUUCACAUCAAACAGUUUAAAACUACAGAAGUUGGAAGAGGCCUGUGCAAGUAUAGCGGUGUACCAAGGCCCUCAAAAGGAGCAAGACGAUUAUUCCCAUUUUACAAUCGAGGAUUCAAGGGAAACUUUCAACACGAUUAAACACAUCCGCGAAGUUACGGAAAAGCUUCUAGAACAUCAUGAGACUUUCCAAAAGAAAAGAUCAACCAGCACUAAAUACGGCAGCGAGGACAACCCAAUUGUAGGAAAGGCAUCGCAACAUCAAUGAAGACAGCAUGGAAAAGCAUUUAGAGAACUGGAAUUCUACAAUUUGUAAAUGCCACGCAUUGCUUCAUUGAGAUACUAAACACUGGAAUUGCACUGAAACUGCAGGUGCCACUCAGAAGAACACACAUCCAUUUCUGUUAAUGCAAUACAAAUAUCUGGAACAAGUACAAUUAGUGAAUUUGUGUGUGUGUGUGUGUGUGUGUGUGUGUGUGUGUGUAAUUUUGUACAGAAUGCCAGAGAAUAACUCCAUUUAAAAAUAAGAAUAAGCAACUUUGCAAUUGCUGCUAAUAUAAUUUAUAUCCGUUCAUUUCUUAUUAUAAUUUAAAUGUGCCAGUAAUUCUACAAUUAUGAAGCCGCUUUUUUAUUUUACUUUUUUAAUGGUAAUAUCUUAUUAAAAUGUUCAAAAAGGGAAUAUUAUAGCUUUGAAUGAACAGCAUGUGUGGUGUUGAAACUCCAGUGUGUAUGCAUGCUUUUAGCGCACACAGUUUUGAUGGAAAGUAACUAACUAAUCUGCCUUAUUUGUUUUUUUAUUAAUGUUUUCAUUUGCAUGUAAAUUAUAUCCUGAAAGAAAUCACAUACAAGCACUUUACAAAUUUGGAAUAUUCCAGAUACAAUUAUUUAGAUACUUUUAGUAUCCAUUUAUUACAUUUUGAUCAGUUUAAAUGAUCAAUGUUUUUAAACUAUAUAUACAUAUGUACAAACAUAUUUGUAUCCUGUUGAUUUUUGUUAUAACAAAUUUCUAACACCAAAGAGAUUUUUCACCUAAUAAACUUGAAAUAAAAAAAUAAACAUUUUGAAAAGGAAGGUAAUUUCAGCUUUUUCAUACAAGUCUUUUGUUUUUAAAAACCCGCCUUAGCUUGAUCUCUAUUGGAACCCUCGUAUUAAGAAGUCAUUGCUUUUUUCUAAGGCUGCCACCUUUCAAAACCUAGACGGGUGAUGAGCAGUUAAAAGUUUAAAGCACAUUUUAGUGGCCCAAUUCCUGGUCUCCAUACAUUUAGCAUUCCUCUGUCCAGACUGGGUACCUUAUUGAACAUUCCACCUGUUGUUGUACUGCAAGUAGUUUUCAGGCUUGUGACUUUUGUAUACAUGGACUGUUCAUUUUAUUUCAGAUUUUGACCAAUGCAUAUUGUUUUGGGAUUUUUUUUUUUUUUUUUUUUUUUGGUUUGUUUUUAAAUUGUGGCAGAAGUGUUGGUCACACAAGUAUUAAUUAGCAUGUUACACUAAUAUUUUACCUUUUAAACUGGGUACACCUGAGAGCAACAGAAGCAUGCAGUAGAGUCCAGUAAUCUGGAAUAUCCUGUUGGGUUUCUAACUGGCAGCAGUAUGCCUUGCCCGCAACUACAACAUUGGUGAUUUGUUUUUCAGUAUCUUUCAGUUGUACUGCUGUAAAUAUUAUUUGUGAAAUACUGUUUUUUUUUUUGGUUUGUUUUUUCUCUCAUUUAUCAAUAUUGUGCUUAAAAGGCAAGUUUAGAAUAUGGUACAUACAUAAGACCAUCUUGUUGCAGCUACAUAUACCAUAAAGCAGUGUGGGGCAAUGGUGUUUGUCUGCAGUGAAAUAGUAGGAACAAUCGCACAAUCAGACUGCUUUUAAAAAACAUAAAUCAGCUGACUGAGAAACAGAAACGGCCAUACUGUAUCUCAAGCAAUGGAAGGUAGCAUUCUGGUACGCCCAUGUUGUUUUUAUACUUAGAAAUGUUAAACCAGAUACACCAAGUAAAUAAGGUUUAGCUCAUGAUUCAGAAGUAUUAUAAAGACAAUAUCAAGUUUUUGUGUUGUGUUGUUUAAAACGGUAGAUAAGAAUUUCUACUCCAUUUCUCUUUACUUGGCUAAGCAUAGUUGCACUGCUUAUUUUUUGAGGACCUUUUUGUAAAAUCAGUAUGAAAUUUCAAUGCGAUCAUCAUGCUGACAGUUUACACCUUCAGUGUGAAACUGUGAGAUUUGUAGUGCUUUUGGUACUGUUGUUGGUACACUGAUUCUAACAUUUUGUUAAUGUGACCUUGAAUGAGAUUAUGCAGAAUAACAACUGUCUGAUUCAAUAGACAAGUGGCAUGUUUCAUACUGUAUAGUUGACAUUAUUUAGACUGCAGAAACAACUUCUCACUGUUUCAGAAAGUCUUAGUGGUGAGCUGUGGGAUUGUGAGAUAACUGAAAAGAAUAAAUUGUAACUUGCAACAUAUUGCAACGUGGUUUCUUGUUAUGUCAUUUACCACAAAGAUGCUAAAAAGUGUGUGGAGUCCACACAGUACAUUGAACUAAUUGGUUUCAGGUAAGAGUAUAAAAAAACAAAAUUUCUGACAAAAACCACAAACUUUUGUGCCAUGUUUUCAAAUGUAUUGGAUGUGUAACAAGAUCAGUUUUCUCAGACUACCAGUGUACAUGAUGAAUGGUUUAGAGAAAACUGGUUCUGUAGGAACUGCAAUGCUAGAAAAUAUAGGUUUCCAGAACAAAUCUCUUGUGUUCUGUUUAGAAAAAGUUCAAUGAACAAUGAUUUUACUAUUCUGUACUUUCAAAUGUGAUCGGUACAAGUCCUUUUAAACAUUUCAAUAAUUAUGCAAAUUAACCUACAUAUUGUUUGGAUUAAUGUACAGUGAAUCAUGUCUUAAUGUAGUUGAUUUUUAUAACUACAUAUUUUGUCUGUAUUUUUUUUUUGUUAUUUAAAAUGUGUUUUAAAUAAACUAAAAUUA